UUGACAUUCUCAGUACUUAACAGGCUAUUGCAGCCAGCAGUCUAAGUUGACAGUAUUCGGCGACGUUAAAAAUUAAAAAAAAAAAAUAAUCAAACAUGCAGUCAUCCAUGUUGCUUGUUUCGCUAUUGCUGAUCUCCACUUUGCUACUGGUCAGCGUUCCGUCUGCAGAAUCGACGAUAAUUUUAUUGCUUUGUGCCCUACGAUCACCGUUAUGUCCAUUCACCACAACCACCACUGCUGCUCCUUCAUCGGAUGAGUAAGCUAAGUGUGGGCAAAAGGUAGCGAUACAACGAUACUAAACAGGACAAGGUUUUAAAGAAAUACUCCUCUGUCUUUUAAUGGAUUUGGAUAAAUAAAAAAAAAAUUAAUGCAAA